AUGUCCAAGAGCACGAGCAAUGGGCCGGCACCGCCAGAAGCCAUCUCCCAUGUUGCGUCUACUACCAUACCACCGACGUUUGACGAGCCCAUACUGGCGGCCGAGGUUCCUGACGGAGGCGAUGGUGAUGACCUAGAGGAAGAUAGAGACUCGGCUUACGAUGAUACGUUCUCGGCUCUGACGGCAUCACUCUCAAGCAGCGUCUUGCAAUACCGCAGCUUUCACGGGCGAACGUUCCAUAGCGACAAGUACAACGCGUACUUUGUACCAAAUGACAAUCAACAGCAAGAGUCGCUUGACAUUUCCGACUUUGGCGACAAGUUCCCAAAUGCCCAAGUCAUCGGGACCGACAUCUCGCCGAUCCAAUCGAUCUGGGUGCCGCCGAACACCAAGUUCGAGAUGGAAGAUGCCACACAGUCGUGGACAUGGCCCGACAACGAGUUUGACUUUAUCCACAUGCGCUAUUUGGUAGGUGCGAUCAGUGACUGGAAUGCGCUCUUUGCACAGGCAUACCGUUGCUGCGCGCCGUCCGGCUGGUUCGAGUCAUGCGAGAUACACGUCGAGCAUCUAUGCGACGACGGAACGGACCAGAAGGCCCCGGUCCUGAAGCAGUUCUGGCGACUCUACGAAGAGGCUGUUCCUAUAAUUGGACGGUCAAUGCGCGUUUCCAUAGACGGUACGCAGCGGAAGGCGAUGGAGGCUGUUGGCUUUGUCAAUAUCCAAGAGAAGGCAUUCAAACUGCCUGUUGGCGGCUGGCCAGCUGACAAGAAACUGUCCGAAAUUGGCCAGUAUAACCAACUAACUCUACUGAACGACUUAGAAGGUACGUUCUCAAUCUAG